UUAUUGGAUGAGAUUAAUUGUUGACUUUAGUCCGUGAGAUACUUGGUUAUAACCAAAACACAAUUAUUUCUAUAACAAAAGAAAAGGGAAUGUUUUCUUUUGCACACUGUGAUCUGCAAUUGGUGGCCAUUUCGAAAAAUUGCCAAUUUUCUGAAACGUGACGUCUUCUUUGCAGUUUUGCAUUUACCUUACAGCCACUCAGAAACGCAGAGAAGAUAGGAACCCACCCUUGAAGAUGGCUCUGCCUCCACAAAACCCACCUGUUCAGCGACACAGAGUCAUAAUACCCAACAAGCACGGUGAAAAGCUUGUGGGCACAUUGCAUGAAUCUGGAACCAGGGACAUUGUAAUCUUGUGCCAUGGUUUUCGAUGCACAAAGGAUACCAAUCUCAUAUUGAACCUUGCUGUUGCAUUGGAAAAUGCAAAAAUUAGUUCUUUCCGUUUUGACUUUUCUGGAAAUGGGGAAAGUGAAGGUUUGUUUCAGUUUGGUAACUAUUGGACCGAGGUUGAUGAUUUACAUGCUGUAGCUCAACAUUUCCAUGAAUCUAACCGUGUAAUCAGUGCAAUUGUUGGUCAUAGUAAAGGAGGUGGCGUAGUGCUUCUAUAUGCUUCAAAAUAUAGUGACAUUAAAACAGUUGUCAACCUCUCUGGGCGUUAUGAUAUGAAGGCAGGCAUUGAAGAACACCUUGGAAAAGAUUAUUUGGAAAGAAUCAGGAGGGAUGGUUUCAUUGAUGUGAAGAAGAGGAGGUCAGGAAGUUUUGAUUUCCGUGUAACUGAAGAAAGUUUGAUGGAUCGCUUGGGUAUAAAUAUACAUGAAGCAUGCCUUAAGAUUGACAAAGAAUGCAGGGUCUUUACAAUUCAUGGUUCUUCCGAUGAAAUUAUUCCUGUUGAAGAUGCAUUUGAGUUUGCCAAGAUCAUACAAAACCAUAAGUUACAUGUCAUUGGAGGAGCUAAGCAUAUGUUCAGUAAUCAUCAAGGAGAGUUGUCCUCAGUUGUUGUGAACUUUAUAGAAGAAACCUUGCACCAGGUCAAGGGUACUGCUAGCUAGGUUUUGGUUUCUGCCAGCAUUUUUAGUCCUGAUGUUAAAUUAGAUCCGUUAAGCGUUGAUGCGUCAAACAAAAAUUCACGUCAGCAUGCUAUGUGACAGCCACAUCCUAAGCAUGCCAAGUGGCACCAAAUGGAGGCGACAUGGAAAAGUAUAAAUUCCUAGGAGGCUAGGACUGAUUUUCUAACAUUCCAUCAAUUUGUUGAGCUAUAAUGUAAUUCAUUCUUAUCAGAAAUCAGAUUUGGUCAUGUUAUCAUUUCAUAGUUGUUUCUUAGUAAUUGUUGAUCCUCAUCAGCUUUAGUGUCUGUAUGAGCACUUCUUAUCAUGAAUGGAUGGUUAAGCUCUAUGAAUCAUGUUUAAUAUUCUAAAUUUGUGCAGUGAAAUGAGACUGUAAAGGAGGUGCUGCUGCAUUCUUGCUUUA